UGUGAUUUGUUUUGUAUUUUUUUCUUGUCUUUUAUUUUUGUUUCAAUCUUUUCUAAUUGUUACCAUUUAAAUUAACUAAUUGGACAUUUGUGUUUACUCUUCUAUUUGUGUGGUGUUAAUGUAACUAUGGGACUAGAACAGAAUAAAAAGAAAGUAAGAAAAAGGACAAUUAAGUUAAUCAACUCAACGACAAUUUUAGUUGAUUAAAAAGAGAAGGAGACAAAAGGUAAUGAAUUGAAUUUAAAUUGAAUAUCUAUGGAUCGACAAAUAUUCUGAUCAACAUGAUUUAGUUCUCAAUCAAUUGGAUUAAUUUUGAUCUCCUCAUCAUCCACUCCUCCUUUGGAUACUGUUAUACUUAUCAUUACUGUUACAAAUACUAUUCAUUUACCAAAAACAUUCACAGGCAACAAUUUAUGUGAACAUCAGGUCACCUUUGAUCAUCAUCAACAUAAUGUUGAAUAUCAGUUAACUAAUUACCAGCUUACAAAAUAACAUGUUAAUUUAAUGAUAACCUUAGUGUUUAAAUCAAAAACCAUCAUCAUCAAUUUUCUUGUACAAUCUAUUUUUUCGUAUUUUAUCAACAUUGGAAUAACUUAAUGAUUGAAAGUGUUUACAAAAUUGUGGUGAUUGUUUCCAUAUUAAGGAUUAAUUCCUCUUAAUCAAUAAUAAUCACAAGCAAUUAUCCAACUGGAUUUACCAAUCAUCGACAAUGAUGUUAAGGAUUUUCAGGAAGAGAUCUAAAUUUCUCUAUGUAUCUUGGUUAAUGGGAUUGAUUUUUCUAAGUGGAUCAUUUUAUUAUUUAUUUUUAUUCCAUGAUGUCCAAGAAAAGGAUCGAUUACAAUCUAAUUAUCGCCUUACCAAUGAGAUACAAGUUCGACUACAUGAAUUGGAAGGUGGCCUCAAAGAGAAUCGUAUUCUUUUGGACGAUAUUCGUUCUAAUAUUGAACAAGUUUCCAAAUCGCUUCAUAUGAAAUUUUAUCGAAAUCCAGAUCAAAAAAUGCUUCUACCAUUUAAAUAUUGUGAAAAAGAAUCAGAAGAGGAAAGUAAUUACAAGAGCAAUUUAAAUUUAACCAUGGAAAAAUUGUAUCAAUCAAAUGACUUUGAAAAUACUAAUGGUGGUGUUUGGAAACAGGGUUGGGAUAUUAAGAUAAAUUCAUCUCGUUGGAGUGAUGAAAAUAAAUUGAAAAUUUUCGUGGUGCCACAUUCACACUGUGAUCCUGGUUGGUUAAAAACCUUUGAUCAAUACCUUCGAGAUCAUACCCGCCAUAUAUUGAACAAUAUAUUACGUAAAUUGGUUGACAAUCCAAAUCUUUCCUUCAUCUGGGCUGAGACAAGUUUCUUUGCCGCUUGGUGGGACACCCUUAAAAGUGAAGAUAGUAAGGAAGCAAUUAAAACUCUCCUGGACAAUGGUCAAUUGGAAAUCGUCACCGGUGGUUGGGUUAUGAAUGAUGAAGCCAAUACACAUUAUUUUGCAAUGAUAUCGCAAAUGGUUGAUGGUCAUGAAUGGUUGAGAAACGUUUUAAAUUAUAAACCUCGAUAUGGUUGGGCUAUUGAUCCUUUUGGACUUUCUCCUACUAUGGCUUUUUUAUUAAAGAAAAUGGGUCUUAAGGGAAUGGUCAUUCAACGAGUCCACUAUUCGGUGAAAAAAUAUCUUGCUCAGCAAAAUUUACUCGAAUUUAAAUGGAGACAAUUCUGGGAAGCGAAUAAACCUCCUAAAGAUGAUAUCUUUUGCCAUAUUGAACCUUUCUAUUCUUACGAUGUUCCUCAUACUUGUGGACCUGAUCCUAAGGUUUGCUGUCAAUUCGACUUCAAAAGGUUACCACCAAGUCGAUUAAAUUGUCCAUGGAAGGUUCCUCCUCAACGAAUAACCGAUCAAAAUGUUGCCACUCGAGCGACACUUUUAGCUGAACAAUAUCGAAAAAAGGCAACUUUGUACAGAAAAAAUUCUUUACUAGUUCCACUGGGGGAUGAUUUUCGUUUUGACAAAUUAAUUGAAUGGGACAAUCAAAUGAACAAUUAUCAAAAGUUAUUCGAUUACAUGAACUCACGAAAGGAUUGGAAUAUUGAAAUUAAGUGGGGAACUCUUUCUGAUUAUUUUGAAUCUUUCGACCUCAAUGAUAUGCCCGCUUUGAGUGGUGACUUUUUUACCUACGCUGAUCGUGAUGACAACUAUUGGAGUGGUUAUUAUACAACUCGACCCUAUUUUAAACGUUUAGAUCGUAUCCUAGAAAGUUACGUUCGAGCAGCUGAGAUAAUAUUUUCAAUUGGUUCAAUUAUAUCGGAAAUUGAUUCGACUGUUAAGUUAAGAUUAUCAAAUGCCUUAAAUGUUGCACGAACCAAUUUAGCUAUUUUCCAACAUCAUGAUGGUAUAACAGGUACAGCAAAAGAUCCUGUUGUCAAUGAUUAUGGUUUUAGGAUGAUAACCUCUCUUCAAAAUUGCCAAGACAUAAUUAGCACCAUGAGCUUUUAUCUUUUACAUCUUUCUUCAAAUGAUCAAAAUUCUGUGCCAUUAACAAUGAUUGAUCUCUUUCCAAAUCAUAAUUUAUUAUUACCCAUAAAAGAUGUGAUACAAUUAACCAAACAAUCAACUCGAAGACAUGUUGUUGUUUACAAUUCCCUUGGUAUGGAAAGACAAGAGUUAAUUUGUCUCUUUGUACCUAAAAAUGUGACUAAUUGGAUAAUUCGUGAUCACAAUGGUAAAAUGGUCGAAGAGGUUCAAGUCAAUUUAGCCUGGGACUAUAAAACUAUUCGAGAUGAUGUAGUUGAAGCUUGUUUCAUUGCCGAAUUAGGUCCAGUUUCUCUGAACCAAUAUACUGUUGAAAUUAAUCCAUUAGACACCAACUCUAGUUAUCAAAUGAGUUCAUCUUAUUUAUUCAAUUUUCCUGGUGAAUCGACAUCUAAAUCACCUCCAGCCGCCAUGGAAUUAGAAAUGGAAGGGAUCAAAUUGAUCUUUAACGGAGCUGAUGGUAUGCUACGUAAAGUGAUCUUACAUCAAGGUGACUUUUUUAAAACGAUUGACCUUAGAUUAAAAUUUAUGACCUACGGUACUCGACCUGGUGGGAAAAAGGUUGAAAAAAGUGGUGCUUACCUUUUCCUACCUGACUCAGCUGAAGCUCAAGACAUGGCUUAUUCAAAACCUUCCAUACGUAUAACUGAUGGUCCUUUGGUCAGUCGGAUGGAGAUUAUAAUUGACAAUUCAUUAAAAUUACAACAUACAAUCACCUUAACCAGAGGAAAACCUUAUUUUGAGAUUGAAAAUGAAUUUCAUAUGGUCAAGGCAGGAGGUUCUUUUGACAAUAAGGAGCUUUUAUUAAGAUUUUUUUCUGACAUUCAAAGUGAUAAUACAUUUUACACUGAUUUAAAUGGUUUCCAGAUGGUUAAACGUAAAUGGUUUGAAAAACUUCCCGUUCAAGGAAAUGUUUAUCCAAUGGCUAGUCUAAUGUACAUAGAAGAUUCUUGGACUCGAUUGAAUGUCCUUUCUGCUCAACCCUUAGUGACCAGUCAACAUGCAGGUUUAAUUGAUGUCUUUCUGGAUCGUCGGUUGGUUCAAGAUGAUAAUCGAGGUGUUGGUCAAGGUAUAACUGACCAUCGACGGACUCGUGAACGUUUUAGAGUUUCAAUUGAAAAUCGUGGUCUCAAUCCCCUUAAGCCAACGUCUCAUGUCCAUCAAGAGUUGACCAAAUUACUCAAUGAACCUUUUCUUAUGCAAAGUGGAUCUUCCAGUAAUCAAGGAUCGUUACAAUUUAUGUCAUCACCUUUACCCUGUGAUGUUCAUCUUCUCAAUUUCCGAAGUGAUUUAAACACUCAAAAUGACUUUUAUCUUUUUCUCCAUCGUUUUGGUUCUACCUGUGAAUCUACCUGUCCAUCAUCUCAUCCAUUUACUUUGCUCCCUCAUCUUUCAAGGAAUAUUUUUAAUUCAAUUCAACCAACAAUGUCCACAAUGAGUCUCUCAUUAAAUCAAGUAUUACAAUCAAAUUUAAACAUUUCCAGUUAUCCAAUACAAUUGGAACAAAUGGAUUUUGCUGUUUUAUCACUUAAAUUAAAAUAAUUGAUCACAAAUCCACAAUCAAUUGUUGUCUGGCACAAAUGAUGGAAAACUAAAUCAUCGUCAAUGGAAAACAAGGUUAAGAUAUUAUGAUGAUAAUUAUCAUAAUAAUUAGCUAAUUAUUACAAUAAAUAGUAGAAAUUUAUACAAGUCUGUGAUAUAUUAAAAAAACGUUAACUCAUUUUUUGUUUUAAUAAAAUCAUUUUAAAUUAUA